AUGGCUGUCUCUUCGUGUUCUUCUUCUUCGGCCUGGUCGGAUUUACUCCCGGAGCUUCUCGACACUGUGUUCCACAGCCUGAGCGAUGCAAGAAACAUUCUGAAUUGUGCCACCGUAUGUUCUUCUUGGAGAGAUUCUUCUUCCGCCGUUUAUAGUCGUAACUUCGUUCCUUCUCUGUUUGUUUCCCACCUCUCUGCUGAUGAAGACAGUCGAUUCUCCGAUCAAUUUAGAAUUUUAUCUCCUGAAAAUUUAGGGAAUAAGCAGAGAUGGGUCUGUGGAGGAACGGGAGGUUUAUUGUUAACGGUGAAUAUUUCUUUCCCGUUCGAGGUUCAUCUACUAAACCCGUUUACUCACAGCGUUGCUUCCCUGCCACCAUUGACAACGUUUGAGGACGUUCAGCGGUUGCUUCAGUCGCAAGCUAUCUUUACAGCUUCUGAAACCCUAAAAAACUUUGUGAAGAAAGCCGUCUCUUCAACGAGUUUAUUAGACACUGUCUGGGUUGUGCUCGUUAUCUACAACACAGAUGGGAAGCUAGCAUUCUGCAGAAGCGGAGAUGAACAGUGGACGGAUUUGGAGUCUGAUCACGUUGCUUCUUCUGUUGAUGAUAUUGUCUUCUGCAAUGGCGUCUUCUUCGCCAUAGACAGGAUUGGAGAGAUAUAUCACUGCGAAGUAGACCCGAAUAACCCAAAAGCUGUUCCUUUAGGCAGCGCCUCGCCGUUUAAGCACGACCCUUGCAAGAAGUACUUUGCAGAGUCGGAUUACGGCAAACUUUGGGUGGUUCUUAAGAAGCUAGAGCUUAACGACGACUGUGAUUUCGCAAUCUGUUUUGAGAUUUACGAGUUUGACUCGGAGACUAAAGAGUGGACCAUGGUGAGAAGCUUGAGGGAAAGCAUUGUUCUUGAGUCCUCAAGGUAG